AUGAAGUUCUUCUUGUUAUUGGCGUGUCUGGCACUUUACGUGGCCCACAUCCAGGCGCAGCGCUUCUGCGUUGGCCGUCCAGUAACCCAGGUCUGCACUGGCCCUAGAGAUGUUGGCCACAACCGUAAUAGCGCCUGUCGCAAUUUCGCCAUGAGAGAAAUGUGGUACUACGAUGGGCGUAGACGUGCCUGUUUCAAGCAGAACUAUCUUGGCUGCGGUGGCAACGGGAAUCGCUACUGUUCAAAUGCCGAUUGCAGGGCCAAGUGCAGGCGUUAA